AUGAUUGGUAGUAUAGACUGCAUGCAUUGGGAAUGGAAGAAUUGUCCUACUGCUUGGAAGGCACAAUAUGCUGGUCGUAGCAAGAGUGCAACUCUCAUUCUUGAAGCUGUUGCUGAUCAGGAUCUAUGGAUUUGGCAUGCGUUCUUUGGAAUGCCUGGGUCAUGUAACGAUUUGAAUGUCCUUUACCGUUCACCGGUAUUUGAUGAUGUUUUACAAGGUCAUGCACCACCCAUAAAUUUUACGGUUAAUGGACAUCAAUAUGAGUUGGGCUACUACUUGGCCGAUGGGAUUUACCCGAGAUGGCCAACUUUUAUACAGGGUAUAACACAUCCUCAUGUUAGAAAAGUCAAGUUGUUUGCUGAUCAACAAGCAGCAGUUCGGAAAGACGUCGAACGGGCUUUCGGAGUUUUACAAGCUAGGUUCGCUAUACUACGACAACCAGCACUUGCAUACGACGAAGAUAUUCUCUGUGAUAUUAUGAAAGCCUGUAUAAUAAUGCACAACAUGAUCGUCGAGGAUGAACGACACAACUACGCACGUGCAGAUGUUUUGAGACGAUACUACGAAGAAGAUCGACCACAACCUACGGUGAGGCGGGCAGACCCGAGCACAAGUGCCACGGUGUUUAACAACGAGCCAUUUGAAUUCAACGUCGGGCGACCACCCAACAUUGAUUUCAACACGUAUUUGGAGAGAAGGAUUUCCCUUCGUGAUAGAGAAAUUCAUUCAUCUCUGAAACAAGAUUUAGUGGAGCACAUAUGGCAGAACUUUCAUCAUAAUGCGGUUGCAUAA